AUGAGUUAUACGGAUAGCGGAGCGUUGAGGCGAUUAAGGGCCUCGGUGCCCUUUUAUAGCCCUGAGAGGGCUGUUUCAGACAGGACAGAUACAACUGGUGAUAUUGGAUUGAUUGGAUUGGCCGUCAUGGGUCAAAACUUGAUCUUGAACGCUGCAGACCACGGUUUCACUGUUGUUGCUUACAACAGAACCGUUUCCAAGGUGGAUGAUUUUUUGGCCAACGAAGCCAAGGGUAAGUCUAUUAUUGGUGCACACUCCGUUGCAGAGCUAUGUUCCAAGUUAAAGAGACCCAGAAGAGUUAUCUUGUUGGUUAAGGCAGGUGAUGCUGUUGACAACUUCAUCCAACAAUUACUACCAAACAUGGAGGCCGGUGAUAUCAUUAUCGACGGUGGUAACUCUCACUUCCCAGACUCUAACAGGCGUUUUGAAGAAUUGAAAGCAAAGGGAAUCCACUUUGUGGGUUCUGGUGUUUCUGGUGGUGAAGAAGGUGCUCGUUACGGUCCUUCUUUGAUGCCAGGUGGUGCUGAAGAAGCAUGGCCACACAUUAAGGACAUCUUCCAAUCUAUUGCUGCUAAGUCCGAUGGCGAACCAUGUUGUGAUUGGGUUGGUCCUGCAGGUGCUGGCCACUAUGUCAAGAUGGUGCACAAUGGUAUUGAAUACGGUGACAUGCAAUUGAUUUGUGAAGCCUACGAUAUAAUGAAGAGACUAGGUGGAUUUAACGACAAGGAGAUCGGUCAAGUUUUCGGUGAAUGGAAUAAGGGUAUCUUGGACUCUUUCUUGAUUGAGAUUACCAGAGACAUUCUACUUUAUGAUGACAUCGAUGGUACUCCUUUGGUUGAGAAGAUCAUGGAUGCUGCUGGUCAAAAGGGUACUGGUAAGUGGACUGCUAUCAACGCCCUAGACUUGGGUAUGCCAGUCACCUUGAUCGGUGAAGCUGUCUUCGGCCGUUGUUUAUCUUCAUUGAAGGACGAAAGAAUCAGAGCUGCUAAGUUGUUGUCUGGCCCUGAAAUUCCAAAGGACGCCGUCAAGGACAGAAAGCAAUUUGUUGAUGACUUGGAACAAGCAUUGUACGCUUCAAAGAUCAUUUCUUACGCUCAAGGUUUCAUGUUGAUGAGAGAGGCUGGUAGAACUUACGGCUGGAAGUUGAACAACCCAGCCAUUGCUUUGAUGUGGAGAGGUGGUUGUAUCAUCAGAUCUGUCUUCUUGGCUGAGAUUACUAAGGCUUACAGAGAAAACCCAGAACUAGAGAACUUAUUGUUCAACGACUUCUUUGCUCAAGCUGUGCUAAAGGCUCAACAAGGAUGGAGAAGAACAAUUGGUUUGGCUACCACCUUUGGUGUUCCAACUCCUGCUUUCUCCACUGCGUUGGCCUUCUACGAUGGUUACAGAUCCGAGAGAUUGCCAGCCAACUUGUUGCAAGCUCAACGUGACUACUUCGGUGCUCACACCUUCAGAGUUUUGCCAGAAGCUGCUUCAGAGAACUUACCAUUGAACAAGGAUAUUCAUAUUAACUGGACCGGUAAGGGUGGUAAUGUUGCAGCAUCUACCUACGAUGCUUGA